UACAUAUACUACAAAUACUGGGUAUACUACAUAUACUGCAUGUACUACAUGUUAGUGUCCGACAGAGAGGAGCUCCCCAGCAAACCGAAGGGGUACUGGGUCAGGAGCAGAGGACUGAUGAUGGAGGAUCCAGAACCAGAACCUGAACCCAAACUGGUUCUGGUCUUCAGCGGGAAGCGUAAGUCGGGGAAGGAUUACGUGGCGGACCUGAUUCACAGCCGUUUGGGACCAGAUGUUUGCUGCGUCAUGCGUCUGUCUGGACCUCUCAAACAGCAGUACGCUCAGGAGGAAGGUCUGGACCUGGACCAGCUGCUGGGUCCGGGUCUCUAUAAGGAGCAGUUUCGGGCUGACAUGAUUCUUUGGGGAGAAACUCGCCGACGCCACGACCCCGGAUACUUCUGUCGCCUAGCAACCCAAGGAGCACGGCAGCCUGUCUGGGUGGUGAGUGAUGCUCGGCGGCUGUCUGACCUGCGAUGGUUCUUCUCCGAGUUUCCUCGACAGACUCGAAGUGUUCGAGUCCAAAGUUCAGAAAACACUCGGACACAGAGGGGGUGGAGCUUCACCGCAGGUGUGGAUGAUGCAGAGUCUGAAUGCGGUCUAGAUAGCGGCGUGGACUUUGAUUGGAUAAUCACCAAUGAGGCCGACGCCCCUUCAUUAGAAGAGCAGCUGCAGCCAAUCCUAAAGCUGGCAGAGGAAGCAACAUCAGCAGCAUCAUCAUCAUCACGGCACAUUUCCACAUCGUUGUCUGAUGAAUAAAAGCCAGCGAGUCAGUUUGGAUCUGUGCUUUUAUUUUAAAAAAAAUCCUUUGCGUCAUGAUUUAUUACAAUGAGCUGUGACAUUAGCGCAGUGAUGACAUCAUCACCGGCUUCCAGGUAAAAACAUCUCUAAACUUUAUUUGUUCACGUCAUCAGGACAAAGCUGCUUCUGAUUGGCCCCUGGACUACCACACGGCAGUGGAAUGCCUCGCUGUGAUUGGCUACCUAAAACCACGCCUCCAAAAAUAAUAAAUCAUUCAUUAAUGUGGCAA